AUGGAUCGGGUACUCCUAUAUUUCUUCGCCAUAGUCGGCUCAACAGUCGCUGUUAGUAAAAAUGUUAUGUUUGAUGACUCUUUGUUAUUCGACCGCUCAAACACAGAAUACGAAACCGUCCUCAGCCCGUCGGACUUUGAGCUAGCUGCCCAGUUGGCCGACUCGAUCCAGCAUGCCGAGGGUGAUAUCUGGGAUUCUGAUGCCAUGUACAGCAAAGGAAAAUUUGAAGGAGACAUUGCGAACCCGAACCUGAACGCAUCUACCAUGGAACUAUUUGUGAAUGGUGGCAAGGUUGAGGGCAAUGGAGGCAAUUACUACAAUGCCAUCAAGAACAGACUCCAACUGUGGCCAAACGGAAAGAUCCCAUACACCAUUUCCUCCCAAUACAGCUCCUACAGGUAUCUAGAGCUGAUAGACAAAAAACAAUUUUCCCGUUUCCGCCGUUCCAUGAUCGCGGCUGCUAUGAAUGAGUAUGCCACUCACACUUGCAUCUCCUGGGUACCAAAGGGAGCCAAUGAUGUCAACUACGUCCAUAUUUUCCCUGAUCGUGGCUGCUACUCGAUGGUCGGAAAGAUGGGUGGCAAGCAGUCUCUAUCCCUUGGAUCCGGCUGCAUCCAAAAGGGUAUCAUUAUCCACGAAAUGAUGCACGCCGUCGGUUUCUUCCACGAGCAAUCCCGCACCGAUCGUGAUGACUGGAUCACGAUCCUCUGGAACAACAUCCAACCCGGAAUGCAAGGACAGUUCGAAAAGUACGGGCAUGGCACCAUCCAGUCCCUGGAUACUAGCUACGAUUACAGCUCAAUUAUGCACUAUGGAAACAAGGCUUUCUCAAGGAAUGGUCAACCCACCAUCGUCCCGAAGAAGACCGGCGCUAACAUCGGCCAGCGAAGCGGAUUUUCUGGUGUUGACAGCCACAAAAUCAACAAGCUGUAUCAGUGCACUGAUACAAUUAACUAUAUGAUAUAUUUCAGGACCCGACCCGAAGGCAACGACCACCCGACCGGCCGUCGUUACCGUGGGAUCAACCACUGCCCCACCACAGCCACAAACCUUCCGCCCCUACCCUCCCGCUCCUACCCUCCCCCGGCACCUACUAUUGAGUGCCGCAAUCUGCGCGGAGACUGUGAUGAUCUUGCCUCCCAAGGUUGGUGCACCCGCAAUCCGGGAUGGAUGCGGCAACAUUGCCCGAUUUCCUGCGGCAUGUGCAAGCCAGCUACUAAACCAGCCCCAGUUGUCGUCCCGGUAGCCACCACGACAACCCCAUCGCCGAUGACACGGCCCCAGCCUUCCACACUGCCACCACCGCAGCCGAUCGCGGUCGGAGAUUGUGAUGAUCUUCGUGUUGACUGUGAUCACUUGAUGAAGCAGCGGUACUGCAAGACUGCACCAACCUUCAUGAAACAAAACUGCGCCAAGACCUGUGGUUUCUGCUUCAAGCCAAUCCCCACCGAAGUUCCAGACGUCAAGGGACCAGCAGUUGUCACCAACCAGCCCCUUAUCUCGAUGUGGCGAUCUUCGACUGCGCCUCCAGCCCCGGGGCCAACGACAAACACAGGUGUAGUGCAGCCACCCACGCCUCACCCUUGUGAGGAUAAGAAGCAUUUUUGUGCUCAUUGGAAGGGAGCCGGUUUUUGCGAGGGUAUCUUCGCUAGCUACAUGCGCAAGAAUUGCCCCGCAAGCUGUGGUCAUUGC